UGAGAACGAAGAAGAAAUAGGCUGGGCAACACAAACAGAUGAGUAAAACGUUCUAUGAGUUGUAGCAAUUUAUUGACCCUAACCCUAUUUUAUGUCGUUUUUCAUGAAAGCCGAAACACUAUCAUUUUUUUGCUGCUAUUGUUGUGUUCAUUAUUAACUCGACCUUUAUUAGUGUAUCUGGUGGAAUACAUUUGUUCGUCUCACUUUCCUUGUCGUCACGAACAUGCGGCGCUGAUUGGCUCACGUGACCCGGAAGCGUAAUCGUAAACUUCAUUCUGUUAGCGAUAAUUAUUUCUAAUCGUAAACAGUGAGGAGAAACAUUUUGAUACAUCUGUUAAUUUCGUUUUAUUCACUACCAGCAACAGUGGUCAAGCAAAUAGCAGUAAAUGAUUAACCUCAUAAGUAGGGCUUGCACUUGUGCCAAACAAUGGAGAAAACAUCCAAUGUUGUUUAUCGUUUAGGAUAUUGUUUAUAAUUUGGUUGCCUUAAAGGGACAACAUUCUGCCUUGAUUCGAUUCAUGUUACAAACCACAUGCUUGGUUUAGGAUAGGUGCCAGAUUAAAUCAUGUAUGCACUUUGGGAGUUGACUAUUAACUUGUGCAGAUUACAACCAGCCCUCAGUUGCAAGCAGCUGCUGUUGCUACACUGUGCAUCCUGAAGCAAAGUUCACAAACAGCAGACCUCUGUCUGCUGUUCCCAGGAUUCCCCUCUCAUUUUUUUUGAAUACCGUGGGAAUAACAAUAAGACAGCAGCCAUGGCUAGAGCAAACUAUGGAUACUAUCGGACUACUAUAUUUUUGGCCAUGUUUGUUGGCUACACUCUUUACUACUUUAACAGGAAAACAUUCUCUUUUGUGAUGCCUUCGCUGAUGCAGGAAAUCAAGCUGGAUAAGGAUGACCUGGGCAUGAUAACCAGCAGCCAGUCUCUGGCAUACGCUAUCAGUAAGUUCAUCAGCGGCGUGCUCUCAGACCAAAUCAGUGCACGUUGGCUCUUCUCCAUUGGCCUGUUGACGGUGGGAGGCAUCAACGUGGUCUUCUCCUGGUCGUCCACCGUGGCCGUCUUCUCUGCAUUGUGGUUCUUCAACGGACUGGGCCAGGGUCUUGGAUGGCCUCCCUGUGGACGGGUGCUGCGCAAGUGGUUCGAGCCCUCUGAGUUCGGAACAUGGUGGGCGGUCCUGUCCUGCAGCAUGAAUCUGGCCGGCAGCCUGGGCCCCAUCAUCGCCACCGUGCUGGCCCAGACCUACAGCUGGAGGACCAUACUGGCCGUGUCCGGACUCAUCUGUGUGGCCGUCUCCUUUGUAUGCCUGCUGGUCAUCAAGAAUGAGCCCAGAGAUGUGGGGCUGCCCAAUGUAGGAGUAGCAGCGAAGAAAAGCAAAGGAGACUCCUCUAGUGAUGAGAGCACUCUGUCGGAGUUCCUGCUCUCUCCGUACCUGUGGCUGCUGUCAGUGUCCUACCUGGUGGUGUUUGGGGUGAAGACGGCCUGCACUGACUGGGGCCAGCUGUUUCUCAUACAGGACAAAGGACAGUCUACACUCAUGGGCAGCUCAUACAUGAGCGCCCUGGAGGUGGGAGGGCUGUUAGGCAGCCUGGCAGCAGGUUACCUCUCUGACAAAGCUGUGGCCAAACAAGGCAUGAGAACCUACGGCAAUCCUCGCCACUUUGUCCUGAUCCUCAUGAUGGCUGGGAUGUUUGUGUCCAUGUAUUUGUUCAGAAUCACCGUCACUCCAGAGAGUCCAAAGGUGUGGAUCCUCAGUUUGGGGGCUGCUUUUGGUUUCUCCUCCUAUGGGCCAAUCGCCUUGUUUGGGGUUAUAGCCAAUGAGAGUGCUCCGUCCAACUACUGCGGGACGUCACAUGCUAUUGUCGCUCUCAUGGCAAACAUUGGCGGCUUCCUCUCGGGGCUUCCGUUCAGCACCAUCGCCAAGCAUCAUGGCUGGGAAACGGCCUUCUGGGUGGCAGAAAUCGCCUGUGGCGGCGCGGCUAUCGGCUUUUUCCUGCUGCGUAAUGUCAAAACCAAGAUGGGUCAAGUAUCCAAGAAGUCCGACUGAGAUACCGUCAAUUGCCAAAGGAUAAAAAUGUGAAGCUUUCAUUGUACUUUUUAACUCGUAUUUUUGUAUACACCACAGUAGUAUUUUCAGCAUUUUAAAAAAUCUCUAAGUAUUUUUUUGAAAUCCAAAAGUGCUAUAUAUAAUUACACAAGGGAAAAUGACAUACCAAUAACAAGUGUUUCCUCAAGUGUUAUAACCCUUAUUUUUAACACAAUCCAAAACUUGAAUAAAUUACAUUUAUAACAUA